AUGAAAUAUUUGUUGAUAAAAUUCACAAGCCGCAUGCAAUUUUUUUGGUUGCACAAAUAUAAAGAUACAGAAUUCACAAACUUUGAUAUCUUCUUGUUUACAUAAAAUCCGAUACCAUCCGUAAUAUACAACUCUUUGAGACCAAGGCGAUAUUGGUAUUAAGAAUUAUUACAUAUGUCGUAAGUAUUCCUUAAUCUUUAAAAAUCUCAAUCCGUCAAAUACUAACAAUCUUUAGCAAUAUCUUUCAUACCAAAGGUAUAACAGGUUCAAAUCCUAAAGGAGGAUAUUCGGCUGAACUCCCCAGUGUUUCCAAAUACUCAACUCCUACUUCUAAUUUCAAUAAUGAAAAUAUGUCUGACUCGUUUAUGGUUCGUCCUACGACUGCAUUUAUGAAGGUGUUUGAUAAGUUCUCUGCAAUAUCCGGGUUUGGUAAUACGUCGGGCAAUAAUACAGAUAAUAUAAACAGUUUUGCAAAUAGUGCCAACAAAGAUAAAAAGCAGAAUAAUGUGCUGGCGUCACAAUUGCAAAAUAAGAUAGGAAAGAUUUCAAGACUCGAAAAUAGGCUUAUGCAUUUACAAGAUAGUCUCACCAGCGAUUUAAUCGACUGGGGUUCAGGGAUUCCUAAUCCUGAUAGUGAGCGUAUGGUCAAGAACUUUAGUUUGUUAUUGGCAGCCCAGAAGGAUUCUAGUGUAUUAAUAAUUGAAAAAUUAGACAAGCUCAAGUUGAAUUUGGCGUUUGUAAACGAAAGAGAGAAGAAACAAAACGAUCUACUUGCUGCAAAAACGAAAAUAUUAAAACAGUUGCGUUACAGUGAAGUAAAAUAUGGCCCAAAUGCUUCUUCAACGACACUCUUGAAAGAAAAAUUAGAAGAAAAUGUUUGUAAUUUAGGUGUUGUUGAAAUACAAUACAUAAGGGCCAUAACAAAAAAUUUGAAAGAUGCAUUAAUUGAUUACUUAUAUGCCUUGCAGUCUGUUUCGGCUAAUAUAAGUGAGGCUACUAAUGAUUAUUACGAGGUUUUAUUAUCCUUGGAAUCAGGUCAUGAUUUGGCACGUAAUUCUCCUAGAAAAAUUGGUAAUGGAAUGGGCAUAGGUCUUGGUUUAAAUAAUAGGAAGGAUCUUAACUUUAAUACUUCAAAUUCGUAUGGGCUCCUGAGUAAAUCGGCAAACGAUGCUGACUACAACCUGCCCAAGAAUAGUGAUUUUCAGGAAAGAAAUAGCCCUAUAAGAAUGACCUCACACGUUGUUGAAGAUUAUCAAAAUUAUACCAAUUGUGUUGAAUGCCAGAAAAAUAACAAGUCUCACCAUAGACUUAUCACCCCUUGUACACACAAUGGUCAAAACAUUGACCCUAGAACCUCCAAGUCCACACAUAUGUCACCUACACGAAUUGCCCCUGAUAGCAUCAGUGAACAAGGGUUUGAAAUAAAAGAUGGCUACCUGCCUAGUGAACAUUGGAAUUAA